GGGCGGGCGAGCGGGGCCGCCGCCGGCGGGGCCGCGGCCGAGGCACUUCGGAAGAAUGACUCUGGAGUCCAUCAUGGCGUGCUGCCUGAGCGAGGAGGCCAAGGAGGCCCGGAGGAUCAACGACGAGAUCGAGCGGCAGCUCCGCCGGGACAAGCGGGACGCGCGCCGCGAGCUCAAGCUGCUGCUGCUCGGGACAGGAGAGAGUGGCAAGAGCACGUUUAUCAAGCAGAUGCGAAUCAUCCACGGAUCGGGCUACUCAGAUGAGGACAAGCGGGGCUUCACCAAGCUGGUGUACCAGAACAUCUUCACCGCCAUGCAGGCCAUGAUCCGGGCCAUGGACACUCUCAAGAUCCCCUACAAGUAUGAGCACAAUAAGGCUCAUGCACAGUUAGUCCGAGAAGUGGAUGUGGAGAAGGUGUCUGCUUUUGAGAAUCCGUAUGUAGAUGCAAUAAAGAGUUUAUGGAAUGACCCGGGGAUCCAGGAAUGCUAUGAUAGAAGACGAGAAUAUCAGUUGUCUGAUUCUACCAAAUACUAUCUGAACGACUUGGACCGAGUUGCUGAUCCGACCUACCUGCCUACACAACAGGAUGUGCUUCGAGUUCGAGUCCCCACCACGGGCAUCAUCGAAUACCCCUUUGACUUACAAAGUGUCAUUUUCAGAAUGGUCGACGUCGGGGGCCAGCGGUCCGAGAGGAGAAAAUGGAUCCACUGCUUUGAGAAUGUCACCUCCAUCAUGUUCCUAGUCGCCCUCAGUGAAUACGACCAAGUGCUCGUCGAGUCUGACAAUGAGAAUCGGAUGGAGGAAAGCAAGGCACUCUUUAGAACAAUUAUCACAUAUCCCUGGUUCCAGAAUUCCUCUGUCAUUCUGUUCUUAAACAAGAAAGAUCUUCUAGAAGAGAAAAUCAUGUAUUCCCACCUCGUUGACUACUUCCCAGAAUACGACGGACCCCAGAGAGAUGCCCAAGCCGCACGGGAAUUCAUCCUGAAGAUGUUCGUGGACCUGAACCCAGACAGUGACAAAAUCAUCUACUCCCACUUCACGUGCGCCACCGACACCGAGAACAUCCGCUUUGUCUUUGCUGCCGUGAAAGACACCAUCCUGCAGCUGAACCUGAAGGAGUACAACCUGGUCUGACUGUGCCUCCUCGCGCUGCCCCGCGGCGCCACCGAAGCUGGGCACAGGGGCUGCAGUUCUGUGGAAAACAGUUUGCAUAAUACUAAUUUAUUGCCGUCCUGAACUCUGCGAGCGCGUCCGCAGAGUUUGUAGUAAAUAUUAUGAUUUUAUUUAAACUCAGAGGAAAAACAGGAGCUGAAGUACAGAUCCCAGCACAUUUCCUCUCUCUCUCUCUUUCUCUUUCUCUCCCUCUGUCUCUGUCUCUUUCUCUCCCCUAUCUAUCUCCCUCUCUCUCCCUUUCUCUCUCUCUCUCUCUCUCUCUCUCUCUCUCUCUCUCUCUCUCUGUCUUGGGGAGGAGGGAAACAAAACCUUGUGACUCAAAUGUAUUUUAAAUUCUCAGUCAUGCACUCACAAAGAUAAGAAUUGUUUCUCUCUUCUCUCUCUCUCUCUCUCUCUCUCUCUCUCUCUCUCUCUCUCUGAGCAGAGCAAAGCUGAUUACCCUUUUACCUGACCUCUACCCCCUCCUUGAGAUUUUUUUCCAGUAUACAAGGGCCUCUCCCCUAGUUCUCGGUCAAGUUUUUCUCUCGAAUGAUACAUUCAAGAGAAGAUCAUUUGAUCUAAGCCAUUGUCAUCAGCUUAAUUUAACCGCCUCUACUUCUUGACAAAAGAGUCUUAAGUAUUCAUAUUCAUGUUUUCCAUGUAUUGCUCUGGAUGCACACCCACUUUUUCUAGAAUAUGUCCAUCUACUGUCUUGCCUCACAUGGGGUUGGCACAAUUAGAUGUCCAUCUAAUGGUUUUGUGUCAUUUCUUUGGGAUUUCGACUUUCAGCCAUAACCUAGUUGCUCAGAGAAAUGAGUUUGAAGUCAGUAGAGUGGGCCAAGACAUGGGGGGUCCUUUAUUUUGAAAUGCCACGUGCCACUGUCCUCCCUCCCUCCUUUCCUUCUUGUUCUUUUUCUCACCAUCUCUUCUUUCAAUUACAGAUGCCAAAAAUUAUGCCAAAAGACACUACAUUAUUCCAAUGGCUGCUACCCAUUCUCUCUUAAUAGGUGGUUCAUUUUCCCCCUCGGUUCAAUUUUUCCUCCCGUUUUUUCUUAGUGUUUGGGCCACAAUUUUUAAAAACGACUUUUAUCAUGGGUAUGUGUUGCCAAAACUGGCUUUUUGUUAAAAAAUAAAAGACAUAAAAAUAUUUUUUAAAAAAUCACAAGCUAAAAGCCAGUAUCUUACAAUGACAGAGUUAGACUGUGAAGCCUAAAAUCAUUGGCUGAGAAUGAACCUGAUAACGCCAAUUGCCAAACAGUUGGUGACCGUAGAUUUGAUUUUUCCUGGUCUGUUCUUCUCUUUGUCCUUCAGAGCACAUUGUUUUGUGUCCAUGUUCCAUGUCGAGUGUCCAAAUGGGCAGUCCCGGGUCAUAUAACAUGAAAUAUGCUUAUCGCUCUUCAUCUGAAGCCAGUUCUAUGCUUCUUCUCUGUGCUGUAAGGUCAUUUAGGUCUGACAGGAACAUUGCCUCAUAGUAUUCUGAUGCCUUUCAUUUGUAAAACUCUGGUUACGGCUGGUUCACCACCUUUGGAAUCUUCUGACCCUGAAAACUGGUUAAGUUGAACUCAAGGAAGAUUUGUGAACUUCAGAGUAACCUCUCAGUGUUCUUUCUAUAAAACAUGUAUUUAUGUCACUGAACCUACUAAGAGAGAUGUUUGGAAUUAUUUACAUGCAAUUUUUCAACAAAUGUUAAAAAAAAAAAGAAGAAGAAUCACGGCACAUGUAUUGAUGGACUUCUGUCAAGCAGCUUGAUUUAACAAAUCGCUUCAGUUUGAGGCGAAAUGUGAUUUAACAAAUCAGGACUGAUUCAGACAUGCUGGGAAGUUAGAGUCAGACUCGGAUGAUAGUCUCGUUUUUAAGCACUAUUUGGCAGAGUCUAAACUUCCAUAUGAAUCACUCUUUUGGAACAAUAAACGAGAGAGAAAAUUAAUGGCUUAAUAGAUAGGAACCAGAAUGACUUAGCAGUAAUGGAAUGUUCUCAUUCUUUCUCUCCCAGGCUCAAGCAACACAAAUUCGUUUUUCUUCUUACUCAGAAAGCACCUGUAAUUUAAGAAACAGACAGCCAGCAGGCAUAGUGCAGUUAUGAAUGCUCUCAUCAUUGUACAUACAUCUCUCUCUUGGUAUUGCCGCAUCCAUACUGGCUUUGUAAUCAUUAAUUUUGGGGCAGAUUGAAUGUGCUGUAUUGAUAAAUGUAUCUAUGUAAUUGUAUUGUAUGUCUCAUAGCUAAUUCACAUUUUGAAUAAUGUUAUUUUAUUUACUUUUUUAAGAGAGGAGAAUGUAAAUUUGUCAGUUUAUUUCUGACUAGGGAUUUUUUUUUUCCAUUUAGAAAAGAAAAAAAAAAACCGUACUAACGUACAGAGCGGUACUAGCAUUGUGCUGUAUAAAAUCAUUUGCACAUUCCUGAGUAGAGGUAUACUGAUUAUAAGACCCAAAGGUAAUUUCAUAGCAAAAUACAUACAAUCAGCUGGAGAUUUUAUACAAACAUGGAAACCAACUUUGUAGAACUUUUGCCACUUGACCUAGGAUUGGAAUAUGAGCUUUUAUACAAUUCAUAUUCUUCUUUGGCAAAUGCAGUUUCGUUUUACCUCUCUGGUGGCCUUUAUUAGAAAGGCAGUUUUCGAAGCUAUGGUGAUCCACUAAGGAAAUAUUUUCACAGCUAGAGACCACUGCAUGCCUGGAAGGGCAAUCUGAAAUUUGGUGCAGCUUGGGGGGGGCGGGGGGAAGCAAAAUUUGAAGGUCUACAGUGUGUAUAGAGAUAACCUCAUUACAAGCUCAUAAGUGUUAUAGUUUUAGGGAAACAAGAUAUUCUAUUUAAUAAAGCUAUAGUAGAUGUAGUUGAUUAAAACCUGAUCUCAGAGCUCACGGAAGCCGAGUUCAACAGGGAAAGAGUGUUUUAUUUGUCUUUCUGAAGCUGGGGAGGAAUUGCUAUGCAGAAUUGAGGUGUGUGGCUUCUCUGCUCCUUGUAGGGUGCAUGACAAGAUCCCUUCUCUAGAGAAUGGAAAAAAUUGAUCACCCUAGCUGCAGUGAGGCCUGGGAGCCGAAUUGUAUCCACACUAGUCAAUUGAAGCUAAAGGAUUUUCUUUUUUUGUUUCUUUGGGGUUUUACUGAAGGGGCAAGGGGUGGGAAGGGAUUCUUUUCAGUUUUGUAUAAAAACAGAGUUUACUCCUGCUUUCUAUUCUCUUGUGAUUGCAAACGUUAGAAGCCUGUGUGCUACCGGACUCAAAUUCUUAAUGUUCUGGGUGACGGAGGCCGGUGGCGAGUUUCAUGGUGACUUGGGCAUGACCUGUUCAAACACGAAAAGGAAAACCACAAAACACAGAUGCGUCUUCAGCAUCCCAAGACGAGCGACCAUCCAUUGCACUCUCCCUCCCAAAAUACAUUGCAGUGUGCCAGUUUACAGACCAUCUCCCUGGCUCGGGAUGCGGCAGACUGGACCCUCGCACAGAGAAUUCCUUAUUUGUAAAUUGGGGGUUUGUACUAUGCCUUACAGAGCUUAAAUUCAGAAGUUUGUGCCUCAUCUCUGAAACAAAGGGAAAUCACUCACCCGCUCUAACGGAAAUGAAGCCCCUCACAGUUUCGGUUUUUUGUUCUGUUGACAUUUCCAUAGAGAGAGCUCUGUCAGAUGUCCCGAGAGGUGGAGGGAGGGGGGUCGUAGGCACGCACAGCUGUUGUGUUCAAUCAGCUGACAUCUCUAGAGGCAUUUGAAGAACACCUGAAACUUGUCUUUUUUGUGUGUAUAUUCUAACUAGCAGGCCUAAUGUUUUAAAAAAAAAAAGGUAAUUCAGCUAAAGGGCAGUUUACUUUUUGUACUUCAGACUAUUUUGAUUGUCAAGGUGUACGAACUGUAAUUUUAACAUUUCUACUGCCACAUGAUUGUAAAUUUAGUUGUCUUAAGUUAGGAAUGGAUGAAAAGCUAUUUAUGCUAGAUUUGGGUCAAAGUGACUUCUUUGCAAAAAAAAUAAAUAAAUAAUGGGAAGAAAGGGCUGCAUAAUGAGAUACUGCAAGACUCAGAAAUUGGUUGGAAACAGCCUUCAAAUUACCCUUUAAUUUCCCUUUGUUUUCAGUUUCUCAAAAAGAACGAAUGAAAUAUAGCAGAAUGUUAACCCAUAUAAAAAUAAAGUGUACCCAAAUAUUGUAAUGUAUAUUGCUGCUCUUCUUAAAAUUAAAUAAGGGUUUCAAACCACUUAAUUGGUCAUUGACAACAUCUCAGUUGAUACAAAUAAGGUGUGCUUGGUAUCCAUUGUUUUCUUCCAGAGAUGUCUCUUUGGUUCAAGAUGCAAACACACACACACACACACACACACA